AUGAGUAACUCACCUGUUUCUGUUUCCGAAACAGCAUCAGUAAGAUCAGCAUCAUGUUCUACACCGACAUCAAGACCUGUAUCGCGACAAAGCAUCGAACGAGAACGUGUCAUGAUGGUUCUUCAGAGUAAAUCACCUGUUUCUGUUUCUGAAACAGCAUCAGUGAGAUCAGCAUCAUGUUCUACACCAACAUCAAGACCUGUAUCGCGACAAAGCAUCGAACGAGAACGUGUAAAGAUGAUUCUUCAGGCUCUAAAGAUACCUGGUGGUAUUGAGCGUUACUUGGCUGCCUUGCGUUUUGCAUUGGAACUUACGUGUGAGAAAAGUAAUGACAAAGAAGGACGCAUAAAUUGCUUGAAAAUGAGUGCACAUGUUGCCUUGGCAUUAACACAAGAAAAUAUGCAUGAACCUCUUCAGUUGCUGGUUGAGUUUUGCAUUGAUAUGAGUGAUUUAUGUAUCGUCGUUACACGAAGCUAUGUAUGCGCACUGGCUGGGUUGCUGCUCAAUUUGAAUAAACUUAUCGCAAAUCGCUUGAAGGACCGUAAUCCACAAGCUGAUUAUUCACCAUUAUCAGAGGAAUUUCGUUCAUCAUUGUUUAACCUACUUUCGAAACGCCUUCUAGAUAUCAGUCCACUAGUUCGCUCCGAAGCACUAAAAGCUAUAGCAACAUUGCAAGAUCAACAGUCAAAAGCCGAAAAUUAUAAAUUAAAUUCUCCAAAACGAUUACUUCUCGCGCAUCUAAAUGACGUAUCGGAUGAAUGUCGGGUUAUUACUUUGAAAAAGUUGAUGCUGUCGUCUAAGGAGGAAGUAGAUCUUGUAGUAAAUAUGGCUCUGAGUGAUUCUGAAGAGAGAGUGAGACGGGCGGCAGUAGUUCGACUAAUUAAAGAUGUUAACUUGAAAAUUUUAUCUAUCAAACAGCGUAUGGAUUUAGUGCAGGCUGUAAUGAAUAUUAGAGCUCGAAAUCCAAAUCAUGCGGGCAUUUUGAAUGAUUUGUUAGGACAGUGGCUGAAAACAGCGUGUGGAAGGGAGAAAUUACCGGAAGGGAACGAAGAACUCAUUUCAUUUUACUGCACUGCUUCUUCUCAUUUGUUGCGUUUUCUAGAACCGUUAACUCAAGAAAAAGUCAGCCACGAUUUGAUGCUUCAUUCACUUCAUUACUGCCGUGACAGAAUGGGUCUCGAUUCCUAUGAAGUACAUGAUUUCAUAAAAGCGCUAAAUCGAAAUGUAGGAGACAUAAAUCUUCAUCGGCACAACUGCAGCAAAUUAAUCGAAGAGGGUUGGUCUUCGAUUGAACAAGCUAACGCUGUAUUUUACUGGCGUUGUCUAUUGGAUUUCUGCAAAUUAAAGUGUAUAACGGAAACAGAUUGGUCAGAAUGUCAUUAUCGCUUAUUACCAACUAUGCGGACGUUUUGUGAAUUAAUCGAGAGGUAUACGACAUCAGUUUUAUCAAAUGAUGAAGCUGAGGCACUUUUUGCAUUAAAAAAUUUCACUGUAAUGCAGCUGCUGAAAUUGAUAUCGCUUUUUGAUGAUGGAGAUCCUUCUGGCUGGAAAAGUUGGCGUUGUAUGUGCGAAAACAUCUUAAGUAAUAUGCAGUUAAAGUUAUCGUCGACUGUUGUCAAUGAAUUCAUUAAACAAAUGUAUACACAUCUUUGGCCUUCGAUACAAAACAAUGAUGAAGCUCUUUCAAGCAUUUGUGAUUUAACAAGCUCUAUUGUACACAAAGCACUCUUUCCAAAUGCGACGUUAUUAGCAAGUCAGACUAUUGGUAUAGGAAACAACGAAACGAUGAUAGAGAGCGAAAAUAAUGAUGUUUCUGUCGAUGAUAAUGCUAUUUAUCGUUGCAUUAUGAUUGUGAGCGCAAUGCUAAAAACAAAUCGUUACAAGCAGAUGAAUACUUUGUUACGCGGAGUGCUUGAAAACAUCAUUGAGAAGAGUGUGGUAGCAGCGGAUAUCAAUUGCAGACAGUUAGCUUUUGAAGCUAUGGGUAUUUUAGCAAUGUAUGAUCGCCGUGUAGCAUUCGAAAAAACAAUUUUGAUUAAAGAAACACUUGAAAUCGAUGAACGAUUGCGACCAACAAUGCUUAAUAUCUUGUGCAAUAUGACACUGCUUCAUGGUUAUGCAGCUGUUUCACAGUGGUACGGCAGCAGUUCGAACUCGCAAACAUCUAACACUGAUGUUUUACAAGUUUUUGCCGAAUAUAGUGAGAGUCUGGACCAAGAGACGAGUUUUACAGCUUGUGAAUGUUUAUGUAAGAUGUUCUUAAAAGAGGCGAAUCCAGCAUGGGUUGGAGUUUUGAGUCGAUUAUUGCUGAAGGCAUUUGAUCCUGCGACUAAUGAUAAUGCGAAAUUGAAAGCUUGUUUAGUAACAUUUAUACCGGUAUUUGCGGAAUGGAGCAGGGAACAUCAGCUGCUUCUGGUUGAGGCGUUCCCAGAAACAUUCGAUACCUUACGAAACGACCAACAAUUUAUUGGUUCUCUUUCACGUAUAAAUGUAGGUGCAGUUGGUUCAUGCCUUGUGCAUGCGACAAGUUCGCAGUUACUGACUGGGGACGAUAAACAGAAAGGGCCGGUCCACCCAUUAUUAUGUCAAAAGAUUUUGGCUGCAUUGAGUGACGAUCCUGAAGACGACUAUGCUCCUGUAUAUUGUAAUAUGCUAAUGGCUAUUGAUGUCAACGAUUGGACUGAUAUUGCCCAGAUAAAUGCUACCAUCGUUGAUGUUGAAGAUGUGGUUGAUCUCUACAGCGACACAGAAGAAACAAGAGCAUAUAUUAGAGCGUUAACAAACUUUUCUAAAAGAUUACGAAAACGAAUAGCUAAUUUGGAAACAUCCAUUGCUGGAAGGAAGGUCAGUGAUUUGGAUGUAAAGGCUUCACCUGCGGGCAGCGAUCUCAUCCAUUAG